AUGGAUUUAUCUCAUCACCCACCCCAUCUAAGUGAUUCCGUCAACAAGAUGUACUCUGUGUUUCACGUUCCCCGACUCCACCCAAUCCCUCGUAUACAUACCGAAAGUCUGGUCGUUUACACGGCCUUUCGCAAAAGCUUCUUAACGCUAUCCGAUGUCGAACGCGUUCGCUAUGGCAAGAAGAAAACUCGAGACGCUUUCUUGAAUUCAUUCGCUCCUCAAUACAUUGAACAAAAUCUACAUGGCAUUUCAUUCGAACGCAUGUGUGAUUUAGUCCAGCAUCUAUGGACCGCGAAACACUUCCUUGCUGGAUCUGACUUUUUCAAGGGCGCUUCCUAUGAGCGACAGCAAGAUCCUGCUUUUCGAAGACUUAUCAAUAUCCCAAUAUUAGGAGAAGCAUUGGAAACUAACAUCUGGCUAUCGAACCAUCAGUCACAUUAUAAGCCGCGUAUCACUCCAUCUUUCAAGAUUAGAAAAUUUCUUUCAACACGUCCAAGUCCUUUGCCACACGAGGAUCCCGGUGAACUCAAUUUUAAUCGCGAUAAUAUGACCAAAUAUCCACCAGUAUCUGGUCCUUCCAAACCAUUUCUUGGUCCGUACGAAGAUGAUUAUGAGUGCAGCACAAAUCUUCCCUUUCCCCUCCAACAUUCUGUCCUCACGGUACUCCAAGAUCUCAUCGAAGAAUCUCUGUUUAGCUUCGCAACUCAAUACUUUCCCGCCUACCUAGCUUUGAACUUCAAAACUUGCCCCAAGUCUAUUGAGCUUAGGGCUGGAGAAUGCAUAUACACAUCAACACUCCUGAUAUCCGGUUCAAUCUUGCCUCUGGUUUUGUUCUUGAAGACUUGCAUUUCUUUUUGGGUCGCUUGGAUACAGUGA